AUGGAUGAUAGGAAACGAGGGCAGGGGUGUGGGAAAUCAAGGGCAGGGAGGAGAGAAGCAAUGGGUGAGGGGGAAAACAGGGAGGGGCAGACGGGGGGCAGGGAGGGAAGAAACGUGGGGCAGGGAGGGGAGAAGCCAAAGACAGGGGCAUGGGCAGGCGGGGGCAGGGAGGGAGCAAAGGAGAGGCACGGAGAAAGAAAGGGAGGCGCGGGGAGGGGAGAAACCGGGCGUGGGGGGGGGGGGGCGGAAAAUGAGGGGCAGGGCGGGGAGGAGGGAGGGGCAGGGAGGGGAGAAGCUGAGCACACGGAGGGGGGAAAGGUGAGGCAGGGAGGUAGGAAGCCAAGGACAAGGGGGGGGGGAGAGUGGGGGGGCAGGGAGAGGGGGGAGGUGGGGAGCGGGGAAAGGCGGCGAGGGGCAGGGAGGGGAGAAACCAAGCAUAGGGGGCGAGAUACGAGGGGCAGGGUGCGGAUUGAGGAGGGGCAGGGAGUGGAGUGGGUCGGCGAGGGGAAGGAAGAGGCGUGCAGCAGAGGAGGGGAGGGGGGAGGAGAAGGUAAAGGAGGGGAGCGCACGGGCGGGGAGGAGCGAAUGGCGGGCGGUGGGAAACGGCGAGGGGGGGGGCAGGGAGGGUCAAAGAGGCGGCAAGGGAGCGGGCACGCGGAGGGUAGGGGCGGGGGGAGCGGAUGGCAUGAGGGGGCAGGGGGGUGUGACUAUGAAGGGGGGGACCCGGGCAAGGGGUGUGUAGCGCGGGGUGGGGGGCCCCCGGGGGAGGCUUGCCCAUGCGAAGAAGAACGCCCCCGUGCGCACCACCGUUGGGCGGUUGGAAGCCGCACACCUGGUCGCGGGGGUGUGGAGAGCGGAAACGGGCAGCCCGGGGGAGGGUGGGGCGGUUGGAUGGGACUUGGGGUGUACAGGGGGCAGGGGGAGUUGAGGGGGCAAGGGGAGGGGCAGCAACGGGCAGUGGCUGGGCCAACUGAGGGCACGGAAAAGGGGCGGGCAGAGGGUGAGCAGAGGGGCGAGCGAUGCAAGGGUGGCACAUAG